AUGGCCACUCCCUCUCGUCUGAUUCCGGCCGGUGGACACAAGGACGGGCGUUUUUCUAGUGCACAGUUACACCAGGUUGCGCUGCUGGGGUGUGGCAGUGCUCGAAGAGCGGAUAAGCACAUGGAAUCAGACGAGUCUCCACGCACCGGAGUGCUAUUUCUUUUUGAUGUACCUCAGCGCAAAAAGUGGCUGAAGCUUUCCGGGGCAUCGGGCGACUGUUGCUGUUCUCUUGCUUUGCACGAUAAACUUGAUUAUGCUGCGGCGUGCUUCCACAGGACCACACAUCAGCAACAGGCGCAGCUGUUGGUGUGGCGCCUGCCUAGUAGAGGUGGCCGCUUGUCGGACAGUGGCGCAGCAGCGGCUCGCAAAAAGUUGCCGCCCGCAGCGAGCACGCACUUCUUUGAAAGUUUCGUGCAGCUGCUGCUGCCUGUCGCGGGAUUCAGCUCGACAGAAAAGAGAGCCCAUCCCGGCGUUCACACGCUGGACAAGGCGGCGGACGCACAAGCUGAGCGAAGCAAGCCUGGUCAGGUGCUCGUAGGGCUUUCUAGGAGUAGCGUCAUUGCAGUGUGGGGCUGCUUUAGAGCUGUGAGUGGUGAAGCUACAGCUGCACCGUUUUCGAUAGAGCUACUUUUACAGGUGGAUACGGCUCAUCGUGUGUGCCUUUCUCCAUCUACUGUCUCCAGUAAACAGUUCAGUACCCGACCCGCCCUUGCGGCGGCUGCACAUGGACCGGGGGUGUGGUACAUUGAAGAAGAUACGAGCAAUCGCAUGCUCGGGGAGGCUCUUCAACCGAGCCGUCGAAAAAUACGCACAUCCGAAGCCGAAGGCGAGCCCUCCGCCCAAGAGUCGAUAACCCGCAAGCAACACGAGCUGCUCCUCCGUGUUGUACGAGGGAGUUACGCAGUACCGUUGUUUGCCUCCGUAAUACUCCCUGCCUAUUCCGACUGUCAUGUUAACGGUGCUGAUCAGCAGGCGUACCUGCCGCUGCUAGUGACUAGCGCUGACAAGUGUUGUGAUGGUGCUCUUAGGCCGUUGCCGGCGAAGGCGAUUACGCAGAGCGUGCGGGGAGAUGUGAACGAAGAGCAUUUCAAGACCGACGACAUCGCUCAAGCAGACGGCGUUAUUGCUGGUGCUGAACGUGGGCUGCCUACGGUCAGUUGGAAGCGGAAGAUAGGCGCUGCAUCCAGCAGCGAGGCGCACGCUAAUACAGAGGGGUCUACCCUCGGUGACGGGCAGGCAGGUGGCCCCAAGGCACGCGGACUGGCUUCGAAUGAGCAGGUGGGAGGCCCCGGAGCAGAAAGGAGUAGUGUGGCUUCAAUACUUCGACAAGCGUUAGUUUCCUCUGAUGCACGGUUGCUCGAGUCUGUGCUAAGUAGCACAGCAAAGGACAAAAAAGAAGUCGCAGCGGCUGUCGCAUCGUUGGCACCGGCGCGCGCUUUGUUACUCCUGCAGCACCUUGUGCAGCAACAGCAAAAUAGCCCUGCUACCUCUAUUCUUAAAGGGCCAUGGAUUGAGGAGCUUGUGAAGCAGCACGGGGUGAUGCUUGGGACUACGGAGGCGGGGAGAGAGCAGCUCGUGUUGCUGCUCUUGCAGGUUGAGGAGCGACGCAGAGCUGAAGCUGCGCUCGUUAAAGUGAAAGGACGCGUCGAGCUACUGGUACAGCAAAUGCAGCGCAUACAGAAACUGAAAGAACAGAGGCUCAGGGACGAAGUCGAAGCCCGGGAGCCUCUGGUCGUCCACAGGGAACAUGCGCGGUCAUGA